UGUGCCCGGUACUCACUGCUGUGAACUCGCUGUAAAUGAUGACCACUGCGGGCAGGGUCAACGCCUUGACGCAGCACAUGAGGAACCCAAAGAAGAGCCACGCGAUCUCCCCGCAGGUGGAGAAGCGGAAGAGCUGCAGGAAGCCGAUCGGCUGUGUGGGCUCCAGUCCUGCGGCCACCGGCGCCUCAUCCAGGGACUUGCCAUCGGUUGUCGUCGUGCCAGAAGCCUCGUCCAUCUAUCGGUACGACGAAGGACGGAGGAAUAGUGUUACUCGAGCCAAGACCCGCGAUUUAUUCACAGACACGGACAGAGACAGACGGCACGCAAAGGUUAAUUCAAUUACUGCCACACUCUCAGAGGCAUGUAUCUGUAUCUGUGGCUGUGGCAAGGGUACAGCAGCUACUUUGUAUAUUCUGCCAUAGUUCUCUCUCAUUGACCCGCGGGGUUAACGAGUAAUAGAAUCUACCGUUUAUUAUUGGACAUUCCAACGCCAAUUUGGAGCGAUUCGAUUCGAUUCGAUUCCCUUUCAGAGGCCCGUACAGAAAUCUGUGUGGCGCCAUUCGCCCCCUGCACCCUCUCCUUGUCGUGGGAUGGAUGAUCACCUUUUAAUUGAUUUUCAACACUUUGAUCCUUCAGAUACUGUAUCUAUGCACUGAUUUCUGCAGAAGAUCCGUUACUGCUCACUCGGACCGCCCAAGCGCGACUGCUGGAACACCGUCCGCGGAGCCACCCAUUUAUGUUGAUUCCCCGAUGUGGAUGCUGGACAGAGUACUCGGGCUUGGGCAUGAGUACUCGUGAGUGUAUCGUAUCAAUCGCUCGCUUUGGGGUUCACAAUUCUAAUUGAUCUCCGCUUUCCGCUCU